UGUUUGUUAAAAACUGAUUCCAUUUUCAAAAUUAAUCAUUCAUAACUCUCAAAAAUAAAAGUCAGAAAAACGAAUAAAAUUUCGGUUUCAAAAUUUCCGCUCUAAAUAGUUGCUUUCGAAAUUACACAAUUUCCCACUCAUACGCUAAGUGAAUGGGAAAAGUAGCAGAAUCUGGAAUAAAGCGCCGUGGGUUUUAAAGAGUCUCAGCGCUGAACGAAUUUCGAGGCAGCCAAGAAGCCACUAUUUGCAGCAAAAAUGCACAUUCCAUGCCCCAUUAAGCUGGGGGCGCCAGAUAGCCUUGAGAACGAACUGAGUGCCACCUACGCGCGCUUACUUGCUUACGGCUUGCUAAUACUUACUUCCCACUGGAAUCAGAACAAUUUGCAAGCAGUGCAACGCUUCCAACGCCAAAUGGCUGCACCUGGACCACAGACGCGCCAUGCCCAUCAACACAACCAACCGGAACGGCAAAGAAGUAACGGACGACGCAUUCUAUUGCAAGACCAGCGUACAAAACUUCGACGCGUGCGAGACUGGUGGCGCGCGAAUAAGCGUUAUGCCGCAGAAAGGCCGCCACAGACACCACAAACGCCACUGCUAGAGGAGGUGCGCUCAACGGCGGGCGAUGGCCCAUUGAUUUGAGUGGAAAUGAAGAAGAAAUGCAAAAGUAGUGAAAACAAGGAAGCGCAUGGGGAGCAACGGAUAAGAAUAUGAACUGAAAACCAGAAGUUUAUCCGAAAAAAACAAAAACAUCAAAUGAAAAAGGCUUUCCAAGUGAUAGGUUAAUGCCACAGCCUGCCUGCGCUGCCUCCGGAGUUGGGAAAGCGAUGAUUUCGAUUUAACAGUCACACAAGUAUGCCGAAUAUGCACGCCUAUGCAGGCUUUUAAGCGAAACGGUGAGCGAGUGCGAAUCAGGUUUACUAACAACGUGCUCAACUGGGCGUAUACGCAACCUUGCACUACAAAUGCGGUGCAGUGCAAAAGUACUACACCAACCAUGGCAAGGGAAGUAGUAAAAGUAGUAGGAGUAAUCCUUGCGGAUUUACGAGCACAAAAUCCGGUCGCUUCAUUCGUUGCUUCACAACAGAGUUUGCACUUUUGGCCUAAUUGAAAAAUUUUUCAGACAACAUCCGCACUUUGCGAAUAGCCACAGCAACUUUACAUACUGCAUGCAUGGAAUUGUGGCAUGCGCCUGCAAAUUGGAAUAUGUUUUUUUUUUCCAUAAAAUUUGUACAAUUUAAAUGACUCGAAAUAUAUUAGUUUUCAAGCAAGAAAUACAGAAUAAACGAAUGAAACAUUGUAAGUAUCAAAUAA